GUGCAUUGCGUUGAGACGUACGUACACCUGUCUCAUUUGAUACGGAACUACGAACUUCUUGGUUUUGGAAUUGAAGAAAGCGUUUAAGGAAAUAAUUGUGAGGCUGUGCUUCUAUACCGGGAUUUUUUAUCGCGAUAAAUACGUUUUAAGGUAGUUGCUGACCUGACUUCGAUUAUACCUGUCAAUAAUUAAACAAGGAAGUAGGAGCUUUACUCAUCGGUGUCAUUUCACGGGCCGUUUUUAUGUAUGGCUACAUGUGUUUUAUUUAGCUUUUCAACUUGUGAUAAUACUAUGAAUGUAUUGUUUAAAUGCCAGUACGAUGAACAGAGUUAAGUGACGUUUAUUAUUAUAAAGUCAUUUGAGUUUUGAGGACUGCAUUUGAUCGCAGGAAGUCUGAACUCACACAGGUGUUGACACCGGAUGAAUGAUUCAAGGGAGGCGACUCUCUCAAUGGAUUCAAAUAUAAAUAUGAAUGAUUCAGUCCCGCAGUCGUCAUACUCAGCGCUGUUGUCAAAUAUAUCCAGCAUGUCUAACAUAACGGUGAUCAGGUCAGGUAAUGGGACUGAAGUAGUGGAGAAUGACCGGAUCUUCCUCAACACCCCCACUGCUCAGGCCUUGUCUGGUAUUUUCGUUUGGUCUGCGCUCAUUAUCACCUGCCAUCAGAUCUACCUGCACCUGAGGUCUUACACGGUGCCAAACGAGCAGCGCUACAUUAUACGGAUCCUCUUCAUUGUACCCAUCUUUGCUUUUGACUCCUGGCUCAGUCUGCUGUUCAUCAGUAAUGACCAGUAUUAUGUCUAUUUUGACUCUGUUCGAGAUUGCUAUGAAGCAUUUGUGAUAUACAACUUUCUAAGCCUGUCUUUUGAAUACCUCGGCGGAGAGAGUGCCAUCAUGUCGGAAAUAAGAGGGAAGCCUAUUCAGUCGAGCUGUCUAUAUGGCACAUGCUGCCUGGUAGGAAUAAGCUACUCCAUUGGGUUCUUAAGGUUCUGCAAGCAGGCCACACUUCAGUUCUGUGUUGUGAAACCCAUCAUGGCUGUCAUCACCAUCCUCCUCCAGGCAUUUGGCAAAUAUCAUGAUGGAGAUUUUAAUGUAACGGGAGGUUACCUCUACAUCACAAUCAUCUACAAUUUCUCAGUCAGUUUGGCUCUCUAUGCCCUCUUCCUCUUCUACUUUGCCACAAGUGACCUGCUGAGACCUUACGAGCCAGUUCUUAAGUUUCUCACAAUCAAAUCCGUCAUCUUCCUCUCUUUCUGGCAAGGAAUGGUUCUGGCUAUUCUGGAGCGUUGUGGUGUGAUCCCAGAAGCUCUGUUCAUCGAUGGGCAUCAGGUGGGUGCAGGCACAGUGGCAGCUGGCUGGCAAAACUUCAUAAUCUGCAUUGAGAUGUUCUUCGCCUCCAUUGCCCUGCGCUACGCCUUUACCUCCAGUGUUUACCGCGAGAAGAAGAGUCAAGCCCCAGAAAAUGUAGCACCUAUGCACAGCAUAUCCAGUGGCCUGAAGGAGACCAUGAACCCUGGAGACAUGGUUCAGGAUGCAAUCCACAACUUUUCACCGGCCUACCAACAGUACACCCAGCAGUCCACCCAGGAAGUAGUGCAACCCAACAUGAAUGGCAAGGCAGGAGUCAGCUCCUCCAAGAGCUCAAAGAAAUCUGACAAGGUGGUGCUGAUCGACACAGAUGAUGAGUUCUAGUGCCCUAUUCUUGACUGUCCU